AUGAAACAGUAGAAAACAUAAGAUAAAUAUUGGAUCAGAAAAGGAUAAAACAUAGAGGGUAUCUAGAAUAUUUUAUUUAGAAUGAUUAUGUUAUAAAUAAUGUGAUUUAGAAAUAGAAAUAAUUAUUAUUAAUAUUUUAAUGAGACUGUGAGAGUUAAAUAAAUUAAUAUCAUGAGUCUAAAAGAAGCGUUAGCAUUGAAUUUAAUGAAUACUUUAUUAAAAUUUUUCAAAUGUGAAUUUUUGAACUUAGAAAAAUACCUAGUGUAUCAGUAAAUAAACAAAUAUAUUUUUAAGUCCAAAUUUAGAUAGAUAAUUUAGAAAUUCAUUAGAGAAAUCAAAAUUAAAAAAUGUUUAUAAAGUUGUUUUAUAAAUUAAAUCAACAGUAAAUGA